AUGUCAAAACGAAAUAAAUGUCGGAGUAAUAAACAACUCAAUGGACAGGUAGUGAUCAUAACGGGCGCUAAUCAUGGUAUCGGCAAAGAGACGGCGUAUCAACUGUCACUCAGAGGGGCAAAGAUAAUCAUUGGCUGUAGGGAUGAGUUGAGGGCAGAGAAUGCCAUCAAAGAGAUUGUGUCUCUGAAUCCAAACGCAAACAUAAUUCACAUUAAACUCGAUUUGUCUUCUCUUCAGUCGAUUCGCGCAUUCGUUCAACAAAUCUAUGAAAACGAGACGAAAAUUGAUUUACUUAUAAAUAACGCCGGAAUAGGUGCGGACACUGAAGGACAAACAGAGGAUGGCUUUGAGUUGUCUUUCGGGACAAACCAUUUGGGACACUAUCUCUUAACACUACAAUUACUGCCAUUACUGCGAAAGGCACCGAAAGCCCGGAUUAUAAACGUGUCGUCGAGUGUCUACGCGUCCGGAAAAAUAAAUUUCGAGAAUAUAAACCUACGUAACGGUGCUUUCGAAAUGUGGACAGCCUACUCACAGAGCAAGUUGGCUAACGUUUUGUUCACCCGCGAGUUGGCUAAACGUUUGGGUGACAACACAACAAUCAGUGCCUAUUCACUACAUCCUGGAAUUAUAAACACGGAAUGGUACCGACAUAUUGAGUCCCCUGUUGGCAAGUUUAUCGCAAAAAAUUUCACCAAAAUGUUUGCCAUAUCUAUCGAGAGGGGCACUCAGACCACCCUUUACUGCGCUCUCGAGGAAUCACUGGACAACGAAUCCGGAUUUUAUUAUGAGAAUAAGUAUGAGGGUGAUACGCGAUUGGAUGGACAGGUAGUAGUAAUAACGGGCGCUAAUCAGGGUAUUGGCAAAGAGACUGCAUAUCAACUAUCACUUCGUGGAGCAAAGACAAAUAUAAUCAUCGGUUGUAGGGAUGAGUUGAGGGCAGAGAAUGCCAUCAAAGAGAUUGUGUCGAGGAAUCCAAACGCAAACAUAAUUCACAUUAAACUCGAUUUGUCUUCUCUUCAGUCGAUUCGCGCAUUCGUUCAACAAAUCUAUGAAAACGAGACGAAAAUUGAUUUACUUAUAAAUAACGCCGCAAUCGCUUCAGACAUUGAGGGGAAAACAGAGGAUGGCUUUGAGUUGAUUUUCGGGACAAGCCAUUUGGGACACUAUCUCUUAACACUACAAUUACUGCCAUUACUGCGAAAGGCACCGAAAGCCCGGGUCAUAAACGUGUCAUCUUUGGCCUAUGCGUCUGGAAGAAUACAUUUCGAGAAUAUAAACCUACGUAACGGUGCUUUUAAUAUGAUGGCAGCCAACUCGCAAAGCAAGUUGGCUACCGUUUUGUUCACCCGCGAGUUGGCUAAACGUUUGGGUGCCAACACCACAAUCAAUGCCUAUUCACUACAUCCCGGACUUGUAGACACUGAAUGGUACCGACAUAUUGAGUCCCCUGUUGUCAAGUUUAUCGCAAAAAAUGUCACCAAAAUGUUUGCCAUGUCUGUCGAGAGGGGCACUCAGACCACCCUUUACUGCGCUCUCGAGGAAUCACUGGACAGUGAAUCCGGAUUUUAUUAUGAGUUUUCGAUUCGCGCAUUCGUUCAACAAAUCUAUGAAAACGAGACGAAAAUUGAUUUACUUAUAAAUAACGCCGGAAUUGGUUUUAUUCCGGAGUUGAAAACAGAUGAUGGUUUUGAGAUGACAUUUGGUACCAAUCAUUUGGGACACUAUCUCUUAACACUACAAUUACUGCCAUUACUACGAAAUGCUCCAAAGGCCCGGGUAAUCACUUUAUCAUCGGGUAUCCACAUGUUAGGCAAAAUACAUUUCGAUAAUCUAAACCUCCGGAACGGUGUGUACGACCAUCAGGAGGCCUACGCCCAGAGCAAGUUGGCUAACGUGUUGUUCACCCGCGAGUUGGCUAAGCGUUUGGGAGCCAACACCUCAAUCAAUGCCUAUUCACUACAUCCCGGAGUUGUGGCCACCGAUUGGUUUUGA